AUGGAACAGAGUAUCCGCUUGAUUUUGUCAUCUGAGACGAAACCAACGGAACAAAAUCUUGUAGUAGUUUGCAAUAAAAUACUUUCUUCUCCUGGAGAACAUUUCUCUUCGGAUAUUUAUUUAUUACUUGCAGAAAGAUUCUUCGAUCUCCCAAAGCCAUAUCAAAAAGCAAAUGUAGAUCGCGCUGAAAAAGUCAUUACUAUAUAUACUCACCUACAAGAACCAUUAAAUCAAUAUCAGAUAAGAUCGUUAAUUGUACAAGCAUUAAUUAGCAGCUUCAGAGGAGAAUCAGAGCGUGGUGUUAAAGCAAGAGAACUCAAUAUUAAAGCAAUAGACAUUUUACAGAGAGCUUUUAAAGCAAUUCAAGAACAUCCACUAUAUCAACCACUUGCUCUCCGAGCAUGUUUUGUAUUAUAUGAUAUUGCACGACCAUUCUUUCCAAAUGAAGAGAGAUAUAAUCUACAAUCUAUUUUAGCAAUUGCAGUUCCUUUGCUUGAAACUCACUUACAACCGAAACUCAAUGUGAAUCUUCGUCUAUACAUUGCAUUAUGUCUUUUAUACGGUUUUAUUCUUGAUGAUGUUUCAAAAUCAGAAGAAGCUUCGAAAUUAAUUCAAAAAUUAUUCACACAUAUACCAUCAAAUCUUCUACAAUUACGAUAUUCGCUUUUACACAUCUUAGUUCACUUCUCUAGGAAGUCUGUUGCUCCUUUACUCAAAAUGAAACUUGAAUUAAAUGAUCAAGUUCAAAAAUCAAUUAUUUUAUAUCAAGGAUCAUAUUCAACAAAUCAAACAAAUCCUAAAGAUAUCCAAGAAUCCUUCAAAAUGCUUUGCCAAGUCCUCGAUCAGAAGAAAGACAAUGAUGAUACAACAGCAGCCGAAAUAACAAUUGGAGAAAUAGGAAGAUACGCGCUACACAUUGGGCAGAUGCAGCUUGCUAAUGAUUGCCAGCAGAGAGCAUCUUCUGCUCGUUCUUCCCUCGCAAAAUAUCAUGCAAGUUUGAUUUUGGCAGAAAUAAAUUUAAGUAAAAAUUUGCCAAGCGAUGAAAGAAUCAAUCAAAUCACCAAUUUGUCGCAUAUCAUGACACAAGCAUUCCAACAGAAUGAAACAUCAAUUGUUCAAGAUAGCUGUGUCUGUUUGUGGUCGAAUAUUUUGAUGGUUUUGGACAGACCAAAUGAUAUAAUGAAACCUCUUCAAACCGCCAUUGAAAUUUUGAACAAAAUUGGAUCACAACUCUAUCAAAUGCAAUCCCAAAUGAUGUUUGUUAUGUCUAAAGUGUUGAACAGCCUUGGAGAACCUAAUAGAGCUUUAGAUCAAUUAAAACAAGCAUCCAACAUUGAUUAUUAUGUUCCUGAACAUCCAUCAAAAUUGACUCAUCCUUUUGACAGAUUUUUAAUACCAGAAACAAGACAAACAACAAUUAUUUUAGAUCCUUUAGUACAGCAACAAGAUCCAUUAGACCGAUGCAUGCAAUUCUUGUACCAAAAGAAUAUAACAGAAGAUACUCUUGACAUGGCUUUCAUGAUGGUCAAAGAUUUCACUGAAAAAGUUGCUCAAAUGGAAGCAGAUAAUGCAGCUUAUGUAUCAAAGAUAUGGUAUGAAUUAGUUAAAAACGCUAUUAAUAUCAAGUGCUAUGAUAGAGCUGUCCAAUUCUGCCUUCAACUGUCUGAUAUUCAUUGGGAUCCUGUUGUUUAUGAUUAUGCAAUUGAAAUUCAAUGCGAAACAAUGAUUUUGGGAAUCCAAGCGAUUUUUAAUCCCAAAGAACACUUGGAUCAAAACAGAUUGUAUUGUGUUGAAUUCAUUAAUUUCGUUUUGACACAGAUGAAGGAAAUAAAGAAGAAUAAUUUCCCUCAACAAGGACCUGUUUUUGUUUGGAAUGUUUUGUAUUCGAAAUAUUUCGAAGAAUUGUCAACUGGCUCAAGUACAAAUUCUGUUUCAAAAUCAUCAAAAUCUUCUGGUUCAAAUGCAAAGAAUUCAUCCGCAGUUUCUAUGGAAUUUGUUGAUCCUGCAUACCAAACAAUUGCAAACAUUUAUAGCAUAAGAAAAGACAGAUUAGGAUUUAAUGCAAUUGCCACAUUUUGGAACACAUAUUUAGUUAAAACUCCGCCACAAAAUUGUCAUGAUAUAGUUGAAUUCAUUGGCGAAUGCUGCACAGCUAUUUACGAUAUCAUUGAUUUCUAUCCAGCAAGGCAAUUAAGUGGACAUUUAACUAACUAUUACGUGAAUAUUAUUCUUUCAAUGUGCGCAGAGAAUCAAAACCAAGCUGCGCAAACGCAAACUAAUCAAAACAGUAACACAAAAGGAAAGAAACCUCCGGCAAUGGAUCCAGCAAAACAGAAACUUCUUAAAACAGCGGAAGAUAUUAUAAUGAAAGCAAUUCCUUAUGUUGUAACUAUUUCAGAAAAGAAAUGUUUAGUUGAUAGACUUGUUGAUAUAUUCCAGAAGAGAAAUGCAUUGCCUCCAAACAUUUCAGACAAUGAUUUCUCGAAUUUGAUCAAUAUUCAAACAAUUAUGAAUGAAAAAGUACAACAUAAAGCAGAAACACUUGCACAGAUCUUUACUACAUGCACUGAUCCAAUGGUUCAAGCUUUGGUUAGUGAGAAAGCUUUGAAAUUGGAUUUGCAUCAGUUAUCUAUUGAUUCUGCAACAAAAUGUAUAGAAAUCAUCAAUAAACCAGUAAAUAAAGAUGAUUUUUAUCAUUUAGGAUUAAGCCAUUUCUGCAGGGGAAUGACGUAUUUAAAGCUCAUUCAACCAACACUUCAAGAAUUCUCUUGCCAAGAUAACUUGAGAAAAGACAGUUCAUUUGAUUUCCUUAAAUCAAUUGAAUACUUCAAUAAAGCGACAUCAAUUGAGAAUGCAAGAUUGGCACUUCAAUAUUUCUGUGCCUGUAUAAGCGAAGGUGAAGAAUAUCCUGUAUUUAGAAUGAUGAUUGCUCCUCAUUUACAAAAUGCUUUGAAAUUAUCAAAAGAAAUUGGAAUCGAUGAUAAAAACAGUGUGAGAUUGUAUCAUAUUUUGAUACAAGCUUACAUUGAUCAGAACGAAUGGAAGACAGCAAGAAAGAUCAUGCAAGAAGCAAUCUCUGUUCUAAAUAAGAGUGUUCAUUGCGAUCUUUGGAGAUUGAAUCUGAUAAUCACAAAUAAAUUGGAUUGUCAAAAAUCUCAAAAUGCUUUGUUGGAUGAAAUGUUGAGAGUUAAACAGCUCGGAGAUUCCAAGUAUCAAAGCGAUUUGUGGUCUUUCGUUGCUGAUUUAAGUACAGAUCCGAUUGUACAAUGCACAAGCCUUGAAAAAGCUAUUGAUUCGCUCAGACAAAUCGAUCAAAUGGAAAGAUUUAGAGCUAAUUUGAAUUUCGCAAAAUGGCUGACGAAAAAUAAAUCUGAUAGUGAUAUAAUAGAGAAAGUUAUUGAUGAUGCAAAAGCUGCAAUACAAGAUAAACCUGCAAAUGAAAUAAAUGCAUGUAAAAUACAUUUAUUACAUUUGGAAUUAACAUUAGCAAAUGAUAAAAUAAGAUUUGAACAGCUUCUUAAAGAAACAAUUGAUUUAUGCAACGAUUUAUGGAAUCAAAUUGUUCAAGUUAAUGUUGUUUCUGAAGAUGAUGACUCAGAAACUAAAAAGGCAAAAAUGAAGGAAAGAAAGAAUUUGCAUAAAAACGACAAAAACAAUCAAGUCAAAGAAGAAACACCUGCAACAUUUGUUGAUAAUGGGCAAGCUUCUGGUUGGAUAUCAUUGAUAGCAAAUGCUGAAUCUCACAAACACUUAAACCUCCAAGAUUUGGAAGAAUGCAUGCAAGAAAUCAUUGAAAUUAUUGAUGUUUGUUCUUUGUGCGGCUACGAAUACCAAAUGUUGAAAUUCUGGUAUUUGCUUUUCAGUAUGAAUAAGACAUUGAACUGUCCAAGAUUCGAGCAUUUUGUACAGUUAAAGUUUAGAUUGUUCUGUGAUAGAUUGAACUUGAGUUCAACUGUUCCUUAUCCAACAGACUUCACUUUAACUGAAGCGGAAAUGCAUUAUUGGCAUGAAAUUGUUGGAAGAUACAAAACAGAUUUGCCAUCCAAACUUCCUCCAUUGAGAAAAUUACUUCUCAAAGCCAGUGAAAUUGAAAUCGAAUUCGGUGAAUAUAAAAACGCUUUGUAUUUAAUUAAUACAGCGUUGAAUCAAAGUGAACAAUUAAACGACGACCAAACUAAAUCUGUCUGCCAAAGAAUGACAGCUUUGAUUGAGAGUAGAUCAGGACAUUACGAUUUAGCAACGAAUUUGAUCAUGGAAUCAAGUAAAAUUGGAAAGCAAACAUUCGAUUUCUGGUUGGAAUGGUAUAAAACAGCCUUUACAAUUGGUGGAAAUCCUGUUUUCACCUUCUCUUUAGUUGAAAGCGCUUUGAGACAACUCAAACCUUCCUCUUGUUUCGAGAAAAUGAAAUUCGAUACAUUGAUCAAAGACACUUGUGUUUUCAUUGCUCCUCUUGAUUGCCACAGUCUUUUGGAUAUCUAUGAUCCUGAUUUAACAACAAUGACUGGAUUAGAUGUUUUUAUUUAUAUUUGUCAAAGAGCAUUGGAAUCCGAUCAAUUUCCAAAAGAUGUUGUUGAAUUUAGAGAUGUUGGAAAUAAAAUCAGGAAUCUUAUCGAUAUCACGGAAGAUAAUUACAACCAAACAUCUGAUCUAGGUGAUGAUGAAUCAUUACCACAGUUAAUAAGAUAUGUAAUGGCAAUAAAUUUGUUUGGAACAAUUGUUGUCAAAUUUGCUCCGAUUAUUUCUAAAUACGAAAGACAAGGAAUUGAUUACGAUGUUUUGGGAAGCCAUUCAAGUUUAUAUGCAGAAUUUGUUGAUGAAUCUCAACAACCACUCCAAGAUUUAUCUCCUUCUGCAGCAAUUUUGAAAUUUAAUGCAAUCCAAAACAUUUCUUAUAUUCCUCAAAGACUGAAAACAGAAAUGACGAUGUUGCUUGGUCAAUGCAUUCAUUUCGUUGCUGAUGACAAUGUUAUUUUGCAGAACUCAGUUAAUCAUAUGUUAUCUGCUGUUAAUUUGUUGUUGCAAAGCUUCGAAUAUCAAAAAGCAGGAAUUCUUUCUCUUGAAUUAUUUGAUAUUCUAAAAGAAACUGAUCCAAAAGGUUCUAUUUAUCAGUUCCUUAUCUCUCAAGGUUGUGCAAGUUAUCUUAGUAGAAUGAUUGACUUAGAAAACAAUUCACAACCAGACAAUAGAGAAUUGAUUUUUGUUCAUGAAGCAAAUAGAUUAAGAAGAAGAUUUUUCAAUCCUAAUUCAUCACAGAUGUAUACAACAUCAAUGAAUUACUUCUCACAGAUCAAAUCUGCGACUAAUUUGGUCAUUUUCAAUGUGAAUUAUGAUGAAAUUAAGAAUUUCUGUCUUUCAAAGAAAAUUUCUUUGAUUGUUUUCGAAGAUUUUGGUGACGGACUAGAUGUCAGUUUCAUCAAUUUCAAUGAGAAAGAAAGCAUGGCGACAAAGCGUAUUACAAUUGAUUUGGAUGAUGUCAACAUGAGAUAUGAUAUAUUCAAGCAAAUCAUUGCAACGCCAAAGACAGAUAAUGCUGAUGAAGCUCAAAAAUCAGUGAAUGCAACACAACAAUCAAAAGGAAAGAAACCUGUUAAAAAGUCAAACAUAAAGUCUAUUAAGUCAACAACUACAUCAACAAGCAUUGAAAUUACUUCUUCAUUUGCAAGAGAAGCCAUGAAAACAAACAACCAAGAAUUCGUUAGAUUCAUUCAAGAAUUGGAGAAUUCAAUUUCCCCUGUUAGAGAAAUCCUUCCAAUUGAGCAUGAUAACGAGAAUAUUUUAAUUCUUUCCAGUGAUGCAAGAGUUCAUGUUAUUCCUUUUGAAUGUUUGGAUGUAUUUGCAAAGUAUCAAAACAUCUUUAGAGACCUCUCAAUUGCUUCUGCAAUUCAUAGACAAACAUUAACUUCUAAUGCGCCAUCCUUCGACAAAAAUCAAGUAUAA